UUGCAAAGCUCACCACUAUUUCAACCAGGAUUGGAUCGGUGUGUGUGUGUGUGUGUGUGUGCGUGUGUGUGUCUCUCUCUCUCUAUCUGUGUGAAGCGUUUAGAGUGCCGCACCCUGUCCUCUGUGCGUAAAACCUCCCACGUACACCAUCAUCACACACCACGUUUCAUUCUUCCAAGCAGCUCGGGACGAGCGGAUCCGGAUACCGGUUCACCUCGCGCACAGGUCGCGCACAGAGAUGGGAGUGGAGCGCAGGCUUUUCUGCCUAUGACACGGACACACCGGGCGGAAAGGAUGGCUCUCACCAGCCGGGACAUGUUGUGCUUGAUCGGAACCGCCUGCCUCUGGCUGCCGUUGUUGGCGGAGGUGGUGGCUGAGGACAGUUACUUAAAUGAGGUGCAGAACUCAGUGCCUCUGUCCUGCUCUGAGGGAUUCACAGAGUUGGGCUACUACAACGGCACCGUGUCUCAGACGGAUUCUGGCGCCCCCUGUCUGAAGUGGACCGAAUUUCCAGACUACGUCAUGCAGUACCCGGGCCGAGGGCUGGGAGACCACAGCUACUGCAGGAACCCGGACCGAGAGUCCAACCCCUGGUGUUUCUUCAGACAAAACUCUGGAGCCAUCGGAUGGGCCUACUGCGACUGCCACCAGGGUGCGGCUCGUCUGGUGGGCAGCUCGACCUCCGGCAGUGGCCGAGUCGAGGUCUACCUGAACGGCCAGUGGGGGGCGGUGUGCGACUCCCACUGGUCAGACAGAGACGCCAGCGUGAUCUGCAGGCAGCUGGGCCUCGGCGACAUCGGCGCGGCGCUGCAGCCGUCGCAGUUCGGCUCCGGCUCCGGCCUCUUCCACUACGAGCGCCUGGGUUGCCACGGCGACGAGAACACGCUCAGCGUAUGCCGGAGCAGGACGUUCGUCACCGGUGACUGUAGCCAUGGAAACGAGGCCGCAGUGGUGUGCGCGCCACCGGAAGGCAGUGGCCCUCCGCUGCGAUUGGUCGGAGGCGAGGAAGACUUUGAAGGUCGAGUGGAGGUGUUUCACUCAGGAAGGUGGGGCUCCGUCUGCGACGACCAGUGGGACGACAGAGAUGCUGAGGUGGUGUGCAGACAGCUGGGCUUCGGGGGUGUUGCGAAGGCCUGGUCUUGGGCUCACUUUGGUCAGGGUUCAGGCCCGAUCCUGUUGGAUGCGGUGAAGUGCACAGGAAACGAGCUCUUUCUGGAGCAGUGUCCCCAUGGCGACUGGGAGCAGCACAACUGUGACCACAUGGAGGAUGCUGGGGUCUCCUGCAGCCCUUAUACAGAUGGAGUGGUGCGUCUGGUUGGAGGAGACAAUCCCUGGGAGGGUCGGGUGGAGGUUUUCCACAACAGUGACUGGGGGACGGUGUGUGACGACCACUGGAACCAGCAGCAUGCAGAGGUGGUCUGCAGACAGCUGGGCUACAGGGGUCACGCCGAGGUCGUAUCAGACGGGACGUUCGGCGAGGGCAUCGGUCUGAUCCUCCUGGACGACGUCCACUGCGAGGGAUCUGAGACCUCCCUGCUGGACUGUCCACACGGGAUCUGGGGCCGCACCGACUGCUCGCACAGUGAGGAUGUCGGUGUUCGCUGCAGGAGACGAUCCAGCCAAGAAACCAAUGAAGUGCCGGUUAUCGCACCUUCCACGGGCCCCCUGGUGCGUCUCGUAGGUGGCGGCAGCAGAAAGGAGGGUCGAGUCGAGGUGUAUCUCCAUGGUGACUGGGGAAGUAUUUGUGACUCAGGCUGGAACGACCUGAACGCAGCCGUGGUGUGCAGACAGCUCGGACACAGUGGUGGAGCGGUCGCAUCCGGAGGGUUCGGUCAGGGGAAAGGGCCCAUCCACCUGGACCAGGUGAGGUGCACUGGGAAAGAGGAGUUCCUGGGGGAGUGUCCGUCUCUUGGUCAGAGCAUCCGGGGCUGCAGGCGGCGGGUGGACGCGGGAGCGAGGUGUGACGUCACCCCGCGGGAGUCGGCGGUGCAGGCCGAGCCUCGAGAGCCGAGCUGUGGGCUGAGGAAGCUGGUGGAGGAGGAGAGCAAGAGGAGGAGCCAAGGGGAGGAAAACGUGCUCAGCACCACGUGGCCAUGGCAGGUGUCCGUGUGGCUUCAGUCCGAAGCAGAAGAUGGCGAUCCUCUCUGCAGCGGCACCCUGAUCAGCCCCUGCUGGGCCCUGACGUCCGCCUACUGUGUCAGCAGGUUCAGCAGCGACCCGUCCAGGUACGUGGUGCGUGUCGGGGCUUCGGCGCGGACUCUCGUCCCGGAGCAGGUGGUGGUUCACAGGAAGUUCAAGGGUCAGAGUGGAGGUCACGAUCUGGCUCUGUUGAAGCUACCCAGCACCAAGGGUCACUGUCUGACCUUUGACCCCGACACCAACGCAGCGUGCCUCCCGGACACGGACGCAGCAUCGGGUGGGACCGCUCCGUCUUCUUGCGUUGUCAUGGUUACUGCUGGCUGGACAGGACCAGAAUCGGUUCUUGCAUCCUGGGUCCCUCUGAUGUCGUCAUGGCAAUGCAAGAAGCGCUAUGGCGACAGCUUCUCCAGCCACGGCACCCUGUGUGCCGGCAGUCCUCCGGACACCAGCCUCCUCCAUGACGACAGUUGUCAGGGCAACUCCGGAGGCGGGCUGGUGUGUCAGGCGGAGACGGGCCGAUGGGUCCUCACCGGGGUCGUUGCCGGGGGUUACGGCUGCGCCGGGCCCUCGUCUCCCGCGCUCUACACUCGAGUCAGCCGCUUCAGGAGCUGGAUCCAGGACGUCACCGACACACGAGCACAGGCAGAGGAAUCGAACGCACACACGGACACACAAGAGGAUCUGACACGUGUUGACAAUGACCUAACACACGAGGAACACACACGCGGCGAGGGCAAGGAUGAAUACUUCCACGCGCACGGCAAGCUCAAACACACACACACACACAAUCAACAAGAAACAAAUGAAAUCAAUGAUCCUAAACAUAAACACGGUCACCAUACACACACCAACCAGCACGUAAACAAACACGCGCAUCGUGUCGGGGAUGCCGACACAAACACACACGGUCCAGUCUGAUUGAGGCCGUGCCAUUGGCUGGACCACCUGUGCCAUGUGACCCCCCCCCCCCCCCCCGAGGAGGAGGAAAGAGGGUUUAAAGGAAGACAAAAGUAAACUUUAAAUGAAAAGAAAGAUGCUCCUAACGUAGGUCAGAACAAACGGCGUCUCUGCUCAUUUCAAAUCUGAACCCGGUGUUGUGUGUCGUCGGACGAGUACAGCUGCGUGGGCCGACCCCCCCAUCCCCCCAUCCCCCAUGAUUUGUGGUGCUUUCCAUGUGAGUUACAGCCUGUUGAGAAGGAGAGCGAUGACUGAUGGGGUCGGCAACGUUUAGGUUGAGCCUGGCAUGCCGAUCGGGGGCCUUUCACUGAUACUGAAUAUCAACAAAAAAAAAUCAGCAUGGCAUGUAUUUUAUAAACAAUAGUGUUUGAAAAAAUAAAUAUUCCGAGGGAUAUUUCUAAGAUGUUCACACAAGAAUCUAUGCUAAAAUUCACCCUUUAAUGUGUGUCUUCUGUGUCUUUAAUAAUACAAAUCAUCAAACUAACCACCAGAACAUCUAGAAUAAAGGCUAGCUGUAUGCCAUUGUUCCUCCAAGAUUAAUAACGUAGAUUUAACCCCAAACUCCGGCAUCAGAUGUCACACUUCAGACGCUCCAACAGGGCUCGUCUCUUCAGGCUGUUGUCUUUUACGUUUACUGGUGAAAGUGCUGUUUAGACCCUGAUUAAGCUAUUUUACUGAGGACCAUACCGUUUAUUCUUCAUGUUUUAGUGUAUUCACAUUACCAAUGAUGUACACACGACCGAUGACUAUUUAUACUAAAAAAGUUAAUUAAAUUUCAAAAACUGGGCUUUCAUUCUGAAGUAUAAUAGUUACCGUUUUCUAAUAUGGCACGCUUUCACAAAAAAGUUUUUAAAAAAUGGUUAGUAAUGGUUAAUAAAUUGUCUGCUAUUAAUUUAUAGAUCAGCUUUUGAGUUGCCAGGCUUAUAAUGAACAUUUUACUAACUUCUACUUUUGGCUUAUUCGAAACAGACCUUUGUUAUUAAUGAGUAAUUAACAUUAAUAAUGGCAGACUUGAUAUUAAAAAAAGUAGCAAACAAACAGACGGCAAACCGAAAAGCAAUAAUGUAUCAACCAUGAAUAAAGUCAUUACUUAGAUUUUAUACAAUCCCUUUAUGAAGGAAGUCUUAUUAGAAAGUGGCAGCGUUCAACACUUACAAACAAUUAAAUCCACACAAUGUAGAGAGCAUAACAUAUCAAGCCCCUUUUUCUUUGUGUCUUAAAUGUAAUCAAAACUAUUCCCUGACUUUCCAGGAAACGGUUUCCAUUGAUUUCACAUGAAACAGACUUGAAUCUAUCACAAUAAAUGUUAAAUCAGCAUUCUUUUUUUUUUCUCAGAUCAAUUAACCGCCAUGACCUCGCGACAAUAAUGGAGAAAAAGCGUCUCGCAGACAUGAUUGAUGGAAUUACACAACUCGAGUGAGAGUCUGCUAAUUGAUUUAUUAAGUGGGGAAAAGAAGGAAAAAAAAUGAAAUGCAUAUGGUUUCCUCAGCAGUUAUGUUAAGUGUGCAUAAUUUGUUCAGGGGCUAAAACUUGCAAAAACACCGGUGUGGUCCUUUUUAAAACUGUACAUACAAAUUGUCUCCUUUCAAAAAGCCAUUGGAAAGCUGUCGGGUCGUAAAAAAUAUCUUUUUGUAUUGAUUCCAGCGGAUGGCUGAUCGAUAGGUAGAUGAAUAGAUGAAUAGGUGAAUAGAUAGCUGCUGUUCCUGAGAUUAGAUAGUUUGUGUUACUGCAUUUCAUUCUUGACUCGCUUAGAUAGACCAACUCUUAGUUAAAUGUUGUCUGUUCUGUUGUAUCCUAAGCAGGUGCGCGAUCCAACCACAAGAUGGCGACAUUGUUCUAUUUUCACGGGGGUCGUUGGAUGAGUGGCCCUGAUGUUCUUUUUAUACUCUAAGUGUUGGGACUUGACUUGUGCUUUGACGUGCUGUGAACCAUUGUCUCGUGAAGCAUCCUGUAACCAACACGGACCCGCUGUUAUAACCCUGCACAUGACCUCCGACCUCCCCGAGAGUUGAUGUCAUGCAGAGCCUUCGUGUAGAUACUGUGUGUUUGUGGCUGGACGACGAGGGAGCAGAGCAACGUGUUUAAAGGCCUUCUGUGUUACUUCAUUAGUGUAAUGUGCUGAAUCCUGGUUGAGUAUUAAAAGAUAUACCUGGUGAGAACAAGCCCUUGGUGUCGGUGUGGCCUAUCUUAUGUAUCGAUGAUGAACAACCAUGAAUUAACUCUGACGUGGUGGUUUGAUGAUGGUAAACCCACCAUAU